GGGAAAGCCCAAGCCAGAGUCUUUUCCUUGAUCUUUUGAAGAGAUUAUUUCUAAAGAGUUCAACACCUCCUCUAAGCCAUCCGGGGCAGUCAGUGCAAAAAGAAGGAUCAGUCCUUUCAUCCUACAAAGCUUCUGAACUUGUAGCAUUUUCCACUCCUCAUUUUCACUUUGUGGUAAAAGCAAAGUGCACCACUCCAUCAAUCACAAACUACAAAUCGCAAACCUUUUUAUACAGUUAAAAGUAUCUCGCGCAGCCAGCGCAACAUUUCUACAAUAUGGGUGUCCCAAAAUUCUUCAGAUGGAUGAGUGAGAGGUAUCCCUCGAUCUCGCAAUUGAUUGCGGAGAACAGAAUACCGGAGUUUGACUGUCUGUAUCUGGAUAUGAAUGGUAUCAUUCAUAAUUGUACACACAAAGACUCUGAUGAUGCGACCUUUCGUAUGACAGAGGAGCAGAUGUUCAUUGCAAUUUUUAAUUACAUUGAGCAUCUUUAUGGGAAGAUUAAGCCAAAGCAGCUUUUCUUCAUGGCUGUAGACGGAGUGGCUCCUCGCGCAAAGAUGAACCAACAACGAGCUCGAAGAUUUAGAACGGCAUUAGAUGUCGAGAAUGCAAGAGAAAAGGCAAUACGAGAGGGAAAGGAAAUGCCAAAGGAAGAGGCGUUUGACAGUAAUUCAAUCACACCAGGUAAGUCUUUUGGAUGGAUGAUAUCCCACAAGCUAACCAUUUCAGGCACGGAGUUUAUGCAAAAGUUAACCCUUCAACUGAAAUAUUUCAUCGCAAAGAAGAUCUCAGAGGAUGUUGAUUGGCAAGGAACCGAGAUUGUUCUCUCGGGACAUGAGGUACCAGGAGAGGGGGAGCACAAAAUUAUGGAGUACAUUCGCCUCAAGAAAGCGCAGCCAGAUUACGAUCCUAACAGACGUCAUUGUCUUUAUGGUUUAGAUGCAGACUUGAUUAUGUUGGGAUUGUUGAGUCAUGACCCUCAUUUUUGCCUUCUUCGUGAAGAGGUUACCUUCGGCAGACAGAGUAAAGCCAAGUCAAAGGAGUUAGAGCAUCAAAAUUUUUAUUUGAUGCAUCUGUGCAUUGUUAGGGAGUACUUAGAAUUGGAGUUUCAGGAGUUAAAGGGAGAUGGGAUUUUAGGCUUUUCAUUCGAUCUCGAGCGCGUUAUUGAUGAUUUUAUCCUUAUGGCGUUCUUUGUCGGCAACGAUUUCCUACCGAAUCUUCCAAAUUUACACAUUAACGAAGGAGCGUUGGCGUUGAUGUUCAAGGUAUACAAAGCCAUUUUACCCAAGUGUGGUGGAUAUAUAAAUGAAGGAGGAGUUAUCAAUAUGAGCCGACUUGCAAUUUUGCUUGAUGAAUUGUCUCACGUUGAGUACAGAUUUUUUGAAUCGGAGAGCUCGGACUCGUCAUGGUUCAAGGCUAAGCAAAUGUCAAAGGAGGAUGUCAUGGUGAAAGGUAAGAAUAAGGGCAAACUUGUCAUGACGACAACACAACAACAAAUAUGGAAACAAGUCAAAUCAUAUGUACAGAAGAGAGGAACAGAAGCAUUAGAUUUAUCCGAAAAGCUGCCCGCAGCGGAUAGAAAAUUCGCGCAGGAUUUGGCAGAGAGCCUACACCUAGAAUGGAAAACAGUUGAGGAUAAUGAUGGAGAGCGUCACAUGCAGCUAUCAUUCCCUGCUAAGCUCGGUGCUGACGAUGACGACGAAGACGAUGAUGAAGAAGAGGAGUCUCAACUUGCAAUCAUGCGAAUCGUCAAACAAUACGACAAAGCAGAAGUUCUCGAUGUUACCAAAGAACAAGCACAAGCCGAGAUGGAUCGUAAAUACGAAGAGAAGUUCCAAGAGUGGAAAGACAAAUAUUAUGACGGCAAAUUCGAAUGGGAUCGAAAGAACGAAACGGAGUUGACAAACUUGUGCGAGAAUUACGUCCAGGGGUUGCAGUGGGUUCUUUACUACUACUAUCGUGGUGUCGUAUCGUGGCCGUGGUAUUACCAAUAUCACUACUCGCCGAUGAUUUCUGGUGAGCAUUGUAUCUGUGGAAUCUCUUAUGUUUAAGCUAACAAUAUCGGCAGACGUCAUAAAAGGACUGAAAGCAGAUGUCAAUUUCAAGCUCGGGCAGCCAUUCCAUCCGUUUGAACAACUUAUGGGCGUGCUACCCGAUCGUAGUAAGAAGAUUGUGCCCACAGUGUAUCAUGAUCUCAUGACGAAUCCCGCUUCUCCUAUCAUCGAUUUCUACCCUCGAGACUUCGAACUAGAUAUGAACGGAAAGAAAAUGGAAUGGGAAGCUGUGGUCAAGAUUCCAUUCAUUGAUGAAAGACGAUUGUUGGAUGCUAUGGCUACAAAAAAUAAUUUGCUGAGCGAUGCUGAGAAGGCUAGGAAUGAGUUUGGAGUCUCUUUGAAGUUCACUUACGAUCCAGAUGUAGACUUUACUUACCCAUCUUCAUUGGUGGGUAUUUUCCCCGACAUUGCCCAUUGUCACUGCAUCGAAAAUAUUUUUGACCUGCCGACAAUCGAAGGCCUGGACUUUUAUCAUGGUCUCAUGGAUGGAGCUAAGCUUGGAUCUGCAUCUUUAGCUGGAUUCCCAAGUUUAAAUUAUCUUCCAUAUAAUGCAACACUGGGUUUUCAUGGGGUCAACGUUUUUCAAUCAGACAGCCGUAAUGAAAGUAUGGUUGUCACAAUCGAAGAUUGUGAAGUUCGAACAAAUGUCAAGACAGCACAACAGAAACUUGGUAAAAGAGUAUUUGUUGGUUAUCCUUUCUUACAGGAAGGUAAAGUUGUCAAAGUCUCUGAUGAACUAUUCGAUUAUCUGCCUUCCGAAGAUGCUACUGGUCAACCUAUCACUAGAGCACAUGGGCCUCGUGAAAUCGAUGACUUCCGCAAGAAGGCCGAAAGAAUAGAAAGCACUUAUAGCAAACGUCUUGGUAUAAUUAUUGGACCAGUAGAAUCACUCACUCAUGUGGAGAUGCUAAAGGGUUUGAAAAAGAUGGAUGACGGUGCGACCAUCAAAGAAUAUGCCGUUAUUCCUGGUCAAGACACAGACUAUGCUUCGCAAGUUGUGGUGGAUGAAGUUAUCAGCGAAGAUCAGCGAUUUUUGGAGAGAGCUGCUUUGCCUGUGGAGGAGGAGUUCCCAGUUGAUGACAGAAUAUUCUUUCUCGGUGAUUUCAACUAUGGCCGUCCAGGGCUGGUUGAAGGUCACGCAGAUCACAAACUUCAAAUCUCUUUGUCCACAAUCAAAGGCAAAGAAGUAGAAUUUGGUAGAAACAUUGUUCACAACGCCAAAAACAAUAGUCACUAUACCCCGUCUUUUGCAGUUGCUAAAAUGCUAGGGUUGCAUCCUUUAGUACUCAGCAAGAUUACUUCAUCCUUCCAGGUUUCUGCUGUGGGUCAGCUCCGCGUCAACUUGGGACUUAACCUUAAAUUUGAGGGCAAGAAACUUAAGGUUUUGGGUUACUCGCGACGAGCUGAUAAUGGGUGGGAGUUCAGUAAUAAAGCUAUUGAACUCAUCAGCACUUAUAUGACCAAGUUUCCUCAUUUCUUUGCUGGUAUCCAAAGAAAACCUCAAGGUAAUGAAUAUGAGGAAUCUGACUUUCCUGGUGCCAGUGUCAAGGAGAUUGUGGCGUGGCUCAAAACCAUCGAAUCCAAGAACUUUGAAAAAGUACCUCUGGAUGCUGAGCAGCUUGACUCUGAUACCGUAAUGGCUAUCGAAGAAGCGGCUCAACAAGCCUUGAUGAAUGGCCCACAACCUCAACGUACAACGCUUAAAGCUGUUCCACGUGGUGCGCUCUUGAAGCCAUCUGAUGCUGAACAUCGUUGCGGCAACCAGAAAUUUGCUCUGGGUGAUCGUGUUGUCUAUGUUGCAGAUUCUGGUCGCGUGCCCAUUGCCACGCGCGGUACAGUUGUGGGUAUCUCUCGCACCCCACUCACCACUUUACUUGAUGUCCUAUUUGAUGUUACUUUCAUGAGUGGAACGACUCUUGGUGAACGAUGCUCCCCCUUCCGUGGAUCCACCGUACCAAUUGCUAGUGUGCUCAAUCUUACCAACAAGCAACUGAUUGCGGGCUCUAGAGCCGCUGCUGAGAAGAGACCCGCUCCAACUACCACGCCUUUAACAGCCAAUGGUGGCUAUGGCUUUGGACGAGGUCAACAAUAUAGAGAAUCUGGACCACCUCCUCCACUUCGAGGCUCUUUCCGUGGCGCCGUUUCAGGGCAACGUGGAAAUUUCGGAUCUCGUGGUGGACGUGGUCGUGGUGGAUUCCCCAAUGGAAAUGUACAUAGUGAUUCUGGCGAUAAUGCUACUCCAGCAGUUCAUAGCAGCAUGGUUAUUCGUGACACAACACCUGUGAACACGACCGGUAAUGCCAACGGCACCCGAGGUCGUGGAACCGUAUUUGCAGCCGCUAGAGGUGGCGGUCCCGCAGCUGGGAGCGUAGCAUACAACAAUGUUCCUCCACCAGCUGCAUUGGAUUCACGAGGCAGGGGUAGAGGCCGCGGUGGUAGAGGUCGCGGUGCUUCGAGAGGUCGAGGUGGUAAUCCACACCCUCCACAAGCCUAGAUCUACAAUUUCUGAUUCUGUCGAAUUUUCUUCUUUGGCAUUUCUGGAAAAGCAAUAUUGGCAUGGCAUGGAAUUUUCACGAUCUUCCAUGGCACAAUACAUAAUGAGAUGAAUAAGAAUCGCGAGCAAUCUUUUCCCGGUGGGUACUUUUACGAGACUAGAAUAACGAUUUCACGAGUUGGAUGGUUAUGAUUCUAUUACUACCAUGUAUGCAUGGAUCGGAUAUACUAGAUGGGAGAAGACGGUCAAUGAGCCUCAGAUACGAUGGGCGCGUGAUUAGAACCGGUGAUUACUGCUAUGUUGGAGGAGACGAUGACUUGUUGGAUGCAGAGCAGAAGCAUGAUAUGAUCGAAGAGAAAAUAGUUAGAUGUACAGAGAAUUAAAUCUUUGAAGUCUACGAUAUAU